CAGAUUGACCCCGAGCACUGCGGUCCUCAGAACGGUAAUGUCGUUUGCAAGGACAACAACUGCUGCUCGCAGUACGGAUGGGUAUGUCUCUCUAUCAAUCAUCUUACACCAAAGCUCGCCAACUAAUGUUAUCUCAGUGCGGCACCACAAAGGAUCACUGUGACGCCUCCACCUGCCUGACGUCCUUCUCCGCCCCCGGAUCCAGCUGCGCUCCCAAGGCCUCCACCACCAUGAAGACCACCACCAAGGCCGCCGCCGCCACCUCUCCUGCUCAGACCUUCCCCGCCUCCGUCCCCGUCAUCGACGUCUGCGGCCACGCCCAGGGCGGCGUUACCUGCCCCGGCGCCGGAGCAAACGGGUACUUCUACCGCUGCUGCUCGUCAAAGGGUCACUGCGGACCCAAGAACGAUAUCCAGGACCAGUCUCUAUACUGCGGUGACGGAUGCCAGGCCGGCUAUGGAAAGUGCGAUAGCGAGACGACGCCCUCUGAGCCGACUGUUGCGCGCGGCGCGGAUGCGGCCGCGGGCGAGACUUGCGGACCUAUCGUAAACAAGAAGUGCCAGGCCGGAUUGUGCUGCUCGGGAUCCAACUUCUGUGGUACUGGUGCCGAUUUCUGUGGUGCGGCCAACUGGUGCCAGAAGAACUGGAGCGGGUCCACCAGCCUAUGCACUGCUUAAGCGAAGGGAGAGGCGAUGAAAGAGUCGCGUUGGAAUGGAAUUGGUCGUAGACUGGAGAAUGGAGACGAUAGAUUGAAGAGUUGGUUCAGCACGACCGUUGCAACAGCGAACGUUGCGAAUAGACAAGUAUCACCCUUGCACGUGUAAUACCCAAUGCAUCGCAAAACAAAUGUCACUCAAUGAGCUUGGAGGGACUCCUGCUUCCUCUGAUGGCACAUCAGAAACCAUAAGCAGCCAAUGGUCCCGCUAUUAUUUUGCUACCCUGCAAUCAUUCAAUGUCAGACUCAGGCAAUGUCCGGACUGCAUGAUCGAAGCGCAUGCCAUGUUCAUCAAACAUAGCCUUCUCGGCGGCAAAGUCAAUUGGUAAAGGCAUAAUCGUGUCCAUCCACAUAGAACAUAGUCAGUUGGCAGUCUGUAGCGAAGUGUUCUCAUC